GUGCUUUUCUGCGGGUGGCUCUCUUUCUUUAGCCGCCCACACUGUGGCUGCUGUCCUGAGCCAUGGGCUGCUGGGCUCUCCUGCUCCUGCCUUUUCUAUCACUCGGGGCCGCCACAACCAUCCGGCCUAGGCUAAAGACCCUCGGCAGCCCGCACUUGUCAACUAACACACCCGACCCUGCUGUACCCAGUAGCUACUCAGUUCAUUACUUCCAACAGAAGGUUGACCACUUUGGGUUUUCUGACACAAGAACUUUUAAGCAGCGGUACCUAGUAGCUGAUAAACACUGGCAGAGAAAUGGUGGAUCUAUACUUUUCUACACUGGAAAUGAAGGGGACAUUGUCUGGUUUUGUAAUAAUACGGGGUUCAUGUGGGAUGUGGCCGAGGAGCUGAAAGCUAUGCUGGUGUUUGCUGAGCAUCGAUACUAUGGGAAGUCCCUUCCCUUCGGUCGGGACUCCUUCAAGGAUUCCCAACAUUUGAAUUUCCUGACAUCAGAACAGGCUCUGGCUGAUUUUGCAGAGUUAAUCAGGCACUUGAAAGAAACAAUCCCAGGAACUGAAGGUCAGCCUGUCAUCGCCAUUGGGGGCUCUUAUGGUGGCAUGCUCGCAGCCUGGUUCAGGAUGAAAUAUCCUCACAUAGUUGUCGGAGCUCUGGCAGCUUCCGCCCCUAUCUGGCAGCUUGAUGGUAUGGCCCCCUGUGGAGAGUUUAUGAAGAUUGUAACUAAAGACUUCAGCCAAAGUGGUCCACAUUGUUCAGAAAGUAUCCGUAGAUCCUGGAGUGUCAUUAAUCGACUCUCAGAUACCGGCAGUGGUCUCCAGUGGCUCAGGGACACUCUUCACCUGUGUAGUCCCUUGACUUCUGAGAAGAUGCCAACGUUGAAAGGAUGGAUAGCUGAAACCUGGGUGAACCUGGCCAUGGUGAACUACCCGUAUGCAUGCAACUUUUUGCAGCCUUUGCCUGCUUGGCCCAUCAAGGAGGUGUGCCGAUACUUGAGGAAUCCCAAUGUGUCCGAUACAGUGCUGCUGCAGAAUAUUUUCCAGGCUCUGAAUGUGUAUUAUAAUUAUUCGGGCCAAACAAAAUGCCUGAAUAUUUCACAAACAACCACAAGCAGUCUGGGCUCUACGGGCUGGAGCUUUCAGGCCUGCACAGAAAUGGUCAUGCCCUUUUGUACUAAUGGUAUUGAUGACAUGUUUGAACCCUAUCUGUGGGACUUGGAGACGUAUUCCAAUGACUGUUUUAACCAAUGGGGAGUGAAACCACGGCCUCAUUGGAUGACUACCAUGUAUGGUGGCAAAAACAUCAGUUCACACUCCAACAUCAUUUUCAGCAAUGGUGACCUAGACCCGUGGUCAGGAGGUGGAGUCACCAAAGACAUCACAGACACCCUGGUGGCUAUCAACAUCCCUGAGGGGGCCCAUCAUUUAGAUCUUCGAGCCCACAAUGCCUUCGAUCCUUCCUCUGUGCUGUUAUCUCGCUUAUUGGAAGUUAAACACAUGAAGAAAUGGAUUGCAGAUUUCUAUAGCAAUUCUACUUGGAAGUCCUGAGCCACUUUUAAAAAAUAUUUUUUUUUUGUUUUCUUCUUAUAUGUUCCCUCCACCCACAUACCCAUCCACUUUUUUUUUUUUUAUAUGUAACUAUGUUCUCUCAUUAGUCAUUGUGUUUGUUGGGCCAAAGUUGAGACACAAGAGAGCGACAUGGGUGGGCACAGACAUCCCACCUAGGUGACUCCUCCUGUCUCACGGUCUUUGUGUCAUCAUGGCAGCUCACAGGCCAUCAGAACUGGCGUGGUUCCUCACUGCCUUUCACCAGAGGGAGAACCCUUCUCUCACCAGCGGGGAGGACUCCUUGGCUUUGAGGCUGAAGUCUCUCUGGUCCAUUGUAAGCCCCUAUUCGUGCCACAAAAGGGAAGGCAGAAGCUUGAUUAAAAACGCUGCAGCUGCCCUCUGGUAGGAUGUGGGAUGCCAGUCCAGGAAACGGGGCAGCUUCCUUUGAGCUCAGAGUGACUCUGAACUGGGCAGCCAUAAAGAGCCAGGCAGACCUACCUGUGAGUUGCUCCAGUCUCCCUCCAGCUGUUGGGAGGUCAGUGUGCCUGGGCUGGCUGCUUUUGGAAAGUCCUUUUUCUCUUUCCCACUUGGCAGCUCUCCUUAGUUCUGGGAUAUUUGCCACCGGUGGUACUGCCAGGAAGGAAUCUGGCCUUCUCCUGCUCUCUUUGUUUCCAAGUUCAAUUUUUUGCGGUGAUCUGGCUAAAUUCUGCCAAUUUAGGAAAAGUGCUUUUUUUUUUUUUUUUUUUUUUUUUUUUACUUUAAAAACUGGACAAAUUCUGUUAAUAAAAAUCCUUUAAAAAUAGACAAAUCUUCUAUUGAAAAAGUA